GUUUUGAAGCGCCAUGUCUGUUAUCGUGCUGACUGGACUUUACAGAAGAAGUACAACACUGCACGGUGGGGUCAAACUUAGUAAAUAUCCGCUCAUGGCUGUUCACAUGUGCAGAGAGUGUUCUGACGACGGGAAGGUCAGUCAGUCGACUCAGUAUGAGAAUGAAACUCUGAAGGAGGAACUUGUAAAAGAACAGCACUGUGGGAACACACUUACUGAACAGCACCAGUUAAUCCAUGAACUUCAUCAGGAGGCGUGCAAGGCUGGAAAACGAACGUAUAUUGAUCCACUAUCUGGUUACAAGGUUUUCACUGAGUUUGCUCAUAAAGAAAGAGGGCAGUGCUGUGGAAGUGCAUGUAGGCAUUGUCCAUAUGGCCAAAUGAAUGUAAAGGAUCCUGCAAUGAAGAAAACCUUUAAUUUAGCAUUUUAUGUAUAGUUAUGAGCUGACAGACCUCCUGCCUUGGACUCUCUAUAAAGACGUUUUAAACUAUCCCAAACAUUUGGGGGAAGAAAAUGAAAUAAGCCCUGGCUUUUUUGGAGAAAUGACUCUUAGGUAGGUGAUGAGUGCAAGAAUGAUGAACAGAAGAGAAAUCACACAUUAAAUUAUUUAUGUAA